CUUUUAAUGAGGCAAACAAUUGCAUGUGCUCCAGUGCGAGUCGCACCUACGUUUGCACCGCACAGUCAACAGAUACCUUUGCAACGCAGCGAGCUCCACCUUAAGAGGCACCUCUUCAACCCUUUUGGGAUCCGCAAGCAAGCAUCUAUUGGCGGCGUGAACCCCUUGUGCACCUCCGGUUCCGAUACCGGGGUUUGAAAAGCACGUUGGCGAAUGAUGUGAAUGUGUCACGCGUCGAUUAUUGUCCACGGAGGCUUUUGGAGGAGUAUCACCGCUUUGACGCAUCUUUCCAAUUCACUCAAACUUUUCCAAGUUCUAAAGUAGGAGGAUUUCAGCAUGGAUUCUUUGCGCGACUCUGCCGGGGACAGCAAACCAUCUGCGUGCCAGUGUGCGCCUAAAUCCGACGUCCACCGGUGGUCUCCCGGGCUCCCUGUGGCCAUGUGCAUUCUCAUGUCCCUGUGCUCCAUCAGCGUGUGUCUGCUGAUGAGUUUCAAGACUCUCCAGUUGGAGCAGAGACUGAAGAUGGAACUGGACAGAGUCCCCAUCUUUCAUGCAGGGCACGGAAGUUUUCUCAACGAGGAUGGGAGUCUGGUUCCAGAGUUGAGCGCCUCCGUGGGGAAACUCGUGGAAGAGAAAGUCAUGGUACUGAUGCCAAAAAUCCGAACAACUCGAGAUGUUGGGCAAGAAUGCGCCUGUCCUGCAGGGCCUCCCGGAAAGCGUGGAAGGAUGGGAAGAAGAGGUGAACCGGGGCCUCCAGGCAAGGCGGGACGGGAUGGAUACCCGGGUCCACUUGGCCUGGAUGGUAAACCAGGAAUACCGGGUCUCAAGGGAAACCAGGGACCAGCGGGGCCCAAGGGAGAAAAGGGUGAUCAAGGAGACAUUGGGCCAAGGAUGGUCUAUCCAAGAUUCGAUCACGGCUUUCUCUCUGGUGACCAGUCCAGCACCUUUCAGAGACGUUUUCUGAAGGGCGACCAAGGGCAGGCUGGACCUGCCGGCCCGCCUGGCCCCCCAGGUCCCUCAGGUCCCAGAGGCCCCCCUGGGAACACUGGCAAAGAUGGACCUCGUGGACCACCAGGAGAGCCGGGUUUUCAAGGUCGUGAUGGCAUUGAGGGACCUCAAGGAUUGCCCGGGAAGUCGGGAGAAGAUGGGGAACCUGGAUAUCCUGGACCACAGGGUCCUCCAGGACAAAAGGGCGAGGCGGGAAUGGGAGGAAAAGGCGAGCGGGGCAUGGAUGGACUGCCAGGAUUAAAAGGAGAUAAAGGAGAAGUAGGAGAACAAGGCCUACAAGGUCACAUGGGUUAUCCUGGUGAAAAGGGCAGUUCAGGCCCCUCUGACAUCAUUGACUUUAAUGGCAAGCUUCUUGAUGCGUUCCAGGCCAUCAACACAAUCAGUGUUUCGGGCCCACCUGGACCACCUGGCCCCCCAGGUCUUCAAGGAGAAAAGGGAGAGCUUGGUUUACCUGGUACCGCUGGAAUGGAUGGGGAGAAGGGAUCUAAAGGUGAUGUGGGAUUAAUAGGACCACAAGGUGAAAGAGGAGAAAAGGGAGAGAUGGGCCUUUCUGGUCCCACGGGCAUGGAUGGACAGAAAGGAGAGAAAGGUGACUGCAGACUGGACGACAACCUGGUUCAAAUGAUUUCACAGCCAGGCCCACCAGGUCCACCAGGAGCUCCUGGAUCCAUGGGUCUGCAUGGAAUGCCUGGUCCAAAGGGAGAGCCAGGAUUUGGGAUAAAGGGGGAGAGGGGGGACCCCGGUUCUCCAGGACCCAAAGGAUUGGACGGCCUUCAAGGUGCACCUGGAUCCCCGGGCUUAGUGGGUCUUCCAGGGGCCAAAGGAGAAAAGGGCAGGCCAGGGGAACCUGGACUUGACGGUUUCCCAGGCCUCAUGGGAGAGAAAGGUGACAGGGGAGAACGGGGAGAUAAGGGUGACAGAGGAAGUGUUGGGAAGAGAGGGCUGAAGGGUCAGAAGGGAGAACAGGGUCCUCCAGGCCUGGAUCAACCCUGUCCUGUGGGUUGUGAUGACAAAAAACAUCUGUCUGUGAAAGGAGCGCUUUCUUCUCCUCCACCUCCUGUUCUUCCUCCUUCCGCUCCUGUGGCCCUCUGUCCUGUGGGACGUGAUGGGUUGCCCAUACCAGGCUGCUGGCACAAGUGAUGACUAUGACUAACCAGCCGCAUGGAGUCUGUACAUAAUUGUCUUGGUAUAUAUUGCAAGUGAUUACCAAUAACUUUUCAUUUGUUUUUUGGGUUUGUUUUUUUUAAUAAACAUUUUUAUAUAAUAUAUUGAAACAUGGACAACUCGGCAUUAAGCAACCGUGCUUUGAAAGAAAGAAAGCUGAACUGGAUGUGGGAUUCUUUGAAGGGCAGACCAGGCACAAUGUGCUGAAGUCUAACUACCUUACUAACCAAGUCUGACUUGCUCGGCUUGAUGGAUGCUUGAAUAGAUCCCCGCAGUGGCCGAUGAAGGAGUGUGCGUCACUCUUCUCGUCCUCUCUGUUUUCCGAAAGGAGGAGAUGGCCAGGCAGAAGCUUAAACGCAAGCGUCUUAUUCAGCCUUGAAGGCGAGCGGGAGUGACUGCUGGGGAAAAGGACACUUAAAAGGGCCGAGGGCACGGAGGCAGAUUGGCCUUUAUGGAGCAGACCCCGCCCUGCAAAGCCUCUGUGUCUUACUGAAAACUUAAAAUCCCCCAAUGUGGAAACUCUCCUGAAGGGGUCGACAAAUCCACUUCGGCUAUCCCCUGAAAUCUCUUGCUGAUGAUGUAGUGUGACGUCACUGGCACAUAGGGAAGGAUUCAGCCCAUGUUAUAAUUUGAGUCGUUUUGUCUAGGAUCUUCUAAAAUCUUCUGUAAUUAACUGCAUCAUCUUAACCAAUGUUGUGGAUGAAAUCAUAGAAAUAAUAGCUUUUCAAGCACUCAUAGAUUUUCAAAUGUUUCCUCUCCAUGUUUGGCAGUGGAAAUCUGUUUGAUGUUACAUUUUGCAUUCCCAUGCAUGCCAUGUUUAUUGACGGAGUUGAAGGAGCUGCUACAGUAUUCAUAGUAAAGCAUCAUUCAAUGGGGCUAAUUAGCUUCAUUGUUUUGCUGGUUGAGUUUUAACAAGUUUAAAACCCACCGUGUGUAAUUUAGUUUGACUGAUCGUGGUUAUUAUAGCCCAGAUGAAGACAUUUUGGUUCUCUCUUGCUGCUGACUUGUAUGUUUUUAUUUCUUUAAAAAAAAAAAAAAAAAUUAGUCAUUAGAAAUUGAUGACUGACGAACUAAAUUAUUUCAUUUUGGUCAAAUGUGUACCAACGUUUUUAUUAGGAAUUGAGUUUUAUUUACUAAUCAUACACUGGCUUUGAAUGCCAGUAAUGCUGCCUUUUGAAUAGUUUUUAGUCCAAGUAGAUAAAAGGCUUUUGUAGGUGUGUUUUUGUCUUGGCCACACAUUUACAGACUUUUAUUUUGCAAAAUUCCUAAAAUGUGGCAUAGUUAUUCAGAGAUACAGGAUAAAUAGAAUUAUUUUUGCUACAGGUUCACAAAACAGUGAUGAUAACAGAACUACAUUUUGUAAAAAAAAAAAAAAAGUACAUUAGAUAUUGUAGAUUGAACAUCAGUAAAAGAAUAUUUUUGUUCUCAUGAUUGACAAUUGAAGUUUGUUUCUUUUAGUUAGUUAUGAGGCAAAAAAAAUGCUAUGGCGCUGAAAUGUUUCCUUGUACACCACAGUAAAUGGCAAAUAGAAUGUUCAAGUACUAGUUUUAUUUUAUUUGUAAAGCUUGGACUGCAAUUUGCUAAAACAAAAAAUGUAUAGAUGACCUACUUACGCUUACUGACCUGUUUUUUUUUCUCAUUAUCAAUAUUCAGGCUCUAAAAUGUCACAAAAGCAAGUGAUGCAAGCUUUAUAUACAUGUGCUAAAUUUCUAUACUGACGCAACAACAAAAAUCAUAACAGAAGGAUUUAUAUGUUGAAGUCAGUUUACGUAUACAUAAACAUUUACAUAUGUGGUUCCGCUUGUAUUUGAUAGACUUUCUAUACGCGAGAAGCUUCCUGUAAACUAUCAUAUAUAUUAAACCUGAUCAGAAAUGCAAAGCAGUUUACAGUCACUGUAAGGCAUAAAGUGUUGCCAUUUGACUGGAAGCUGUGUGGUUAUCUGACAAUCAACAUAGGACUAGGAUUUGUUUUGCAGGUUCUAUUCAUUGGAAGACUUAACAGAGUAAGUAACUAGCACAAUGUCUGUUCUUUGGUGUUGUAGCCAAUAAUAUCACAGUAUUAGCUUGACUUUGUGACAAUGUUUGGUUGUGUACUUGGUUGUAAAAGAAUGAAGCUAUUUUUGUAAUUAUUGUCUAAAUAUGUUGAACUUGGGUCAAUUUAACUUGACUGAAAUAAACGAUGGGUUUAUGCUUUCCUUUUCCUUUCAUAUACAUUUCAAUUGAUUUAACAUGAAGCCUUUUUUUUUGCUCCAGCUUUACCCUGCAGCUGCAUCCAUUACUCGAUUUUUUGUUUGUUGCAUGAGUGUGUUAAGACACUUAAAUGUUUUAUUUUAAAUAAUCUCGCACAAAUGUGCAAAGGGCAUGGACAUCAAAGGUCAAUGUUGAUCUCAAAUUUGCCAAAUUCUCUUGAACUAACAUAGGGCCUGGGAUAAACUCUUCAUAUUCACACUUGCCCUUUUGUUACUGAUUAAAAGGUUAAGUCUGAGACUCAAUCACUAGUAAGAUAAUAGUUUGGUCUACAAAACCUCAUCAUAGAAAAGUAACAUUGGCAUUUUUCUGAACUGUUAACAUCAACUCUGUUCUUAAAUAUCAAAUAAAGCUGGUGUGAAAAA